AUAAAAAAUAUAUAUAAGAACUCUGAUUAUCCGUAUAUAUCCUCAUUCUUGUUUCAUUUAUUGCGAGUAAAGUUUCAAAGGAACACCCUCCUUCUUGCUCUGGAAGUUUGGCGUAAUAAACCUACGGUUUGAUUCUUUAAUAAUUUCCUUUCUGUUUUUUUUUUUUUUUGGUAUUUAAUUUACUUGUGUAUAAUUACUCUCGUCCGCAUUCUUCGAUUUGUUAUGUUAAAAUUGUAUAUGUUCUUUAAGGUUGCAUCUAUGAUAUCAACUACGUCAAAAUAUUACAUUCUUUCGAUGUGCUUAACACUAAAUUACCUUUCUCUUCUUUCAUAAUUAAGGUAAAAGAAAAAUGAGUAUCGAGGGACUUUCCAACCAUCUGAUGAGUGACAUAUUGAGUAGGUUAGAUGUUAAGACUUUGGUGAAAUGCAAGGCGGUCAAGAAGUUAUGGAAAUCUUUAAUUGAAGAUACGUUAUUUGUUUCAGUUCUUCAUUUUAACCGGUCUUCUCUUGGCUCUUUCGAUCCACAACCGUACGAUGAUUAUGUUACAACCAUACUUGACUCCUUCUGUGGAUUGGUAUGGUCAUCUUAUUCUGCUGGAAAUUUUCCACAUUUUCUUCAUAACCCUGCCAUUGGCAAAGCACUUUAUUUGCAGGAUCCCAUGAAAGGCCACCUUGGCACUGGAACUGGGAGAAUCGCUUUCAACAGAGCGACUCAUGAGUGCAAAUUGCAAUAUAUGUAUAACGAUUGGGAUCUUCUGACUUUACAAACUUUUGAAGUUGGUAAAGACAUCGAAUGGCAAUGUAUUGGGAGCGGGAGACAAAGAGGCAUAUUAGAUGUUCCCGAAGAAGUGAUUAUCAAAAUUUGUCCUGAGAAAUUUAAAGGCUCAUUUCGUCGUAGUCUUAGUUUUCAUGUUCUUAGUGUGCAAAGAUCACCAAAAGUAGAUUUGGAUGAUAAAGAAUUAAAAGUGUUUCGCAGACGAAAAUUUGAGAUAAGAUGCAGCGGGGUAAUUCAUUACAUUGAUGUAUUUUCUGAAGAGUACAAAGAAACUAAAAGGAAUCGUGUCACUCUGUUAGUCAUAUCUAAUAACAUUUGGGAUGACAUUCACAUUUUUAAUUAUGGUUUCCCUAACGGUACAUCCUUUGAUUUAAUGAAAGCAGAGUUUUUUGAAUGUGAUGAUUGUCUAGCUAUUUCUGAAAUAAUAGGGGAGGAUCUUCACUUCUUGAAAAUGACACAAUAUGAUGGUGGGGACUUGAGGUGGAGUGAGCGCAAAACUAUUGUUGCAUUGACGUUUUUAUGCACAGAACCCUAUUUGGCGGAAAAAGAUGGAGUACUACCAAUUUUAUGUCAGUCUACUCCUCCUCUCCUGUGGUUUUCAUUUAAUCGGGGAAGGCCAUUUUCUUACGAUGUCCAAGCAUUGAGCAUUGAAAAAUUUGGACCUCCACAGCCAAAGAGGGAGUACUUCCAUGAAGUCAACAGAAUAAGAAGAAUGAUAUAUAUCCCAAGUCUUGUAAACUUGCAAGGAAUGAGAGAAGAUCGUCGUUUGACCCAUGAUAGAUGGCAGGAAAUGGUAAAUUGGUAUGAUGCUGUGGACAAUGAGGACGAUGAGGACGCUGAGCUCCUCAGGAUGCGGAGGAACGAUGCAGACGAAGACGCUGGCUUUUUAAAGUAUUGGAAGGACUUCGAUGGUCGAUAGGGUCUGUAUGACCAUUUAUAGACUAUAUUUUUCUUACGACAGUACCAUAUUUUAUGUAAAAAUAGAAAAAGUGUUAUUCUUUUUUUUCAAACAUUACCUCUUAAAUUUAAUCUCAUUACACAUAUACGUC